UGUCUAGCAGACAGGAUGGCAGAGACUUUUUAAUGUGGAUGUUUAGUACAAAGAAAAAUACAAGCAAGCUGACCAGAAAGACUGGAAUUUCAGCUCCCAGCCCACCUCCUUGGAUUUCUUCCUCUCCUGCUCUCUCUCUCUCUCUCUCUCUCUCUCUCAUUUUGCAAGUCCUUCAAACCAGAGAUUAUUGGGUCAGUAACUCUCAUUAUCCUCCUCCAGCUAGUGUCUUCUUUUGCCAGAGCUACAGAAGGAAUGCCAUCACCUGACAUGCUUAACAAAACAUACAGGACACCAUUGCCUGAUGCCCUUGAAUAGAUGUUGAAGCUUCCCUUGCAAGGACAAAGAAGCCACCUCCCCUUCAACAAGGUUUUCUCCUCUGCUAAAAUGAUGGAGAACAGCAGGCUCCUUUUGCUCUUUGUACUUCAUCUGAGAGGCAUCUGCUCCUCCUUUGUCAAUGUCAACCGUGGGAUGAAAGUGAUGAAGGGUCAGUCUGUCUUCCUGUCACAAGAGGACUUGCAGUUUUCCAUCCCCAAGGAGAAGGAUGCUUGCAAAGUAGAAGUUGUGAUGAACGAGCCAAUAAUGCAGAGAGUUGGGAAGCUAACCCCACAGGUAUUUGAUUGCCAUUUUCUUCCCAACGAAGUCAAGUACACUCACAAUGGGUGUCCAAUUCUUGAUGAAGACUUAGUCCUGUUGAGGCUAUACAGAUUUACUGAAACUGAAACAUACACAGAAAUAUUCACCCUUCGUGUAAAGUUAGUGGAACCAGAUUGUAAUAUUAUCAAGAUGAGCUCUAUUGCUCUGGAGGUUUCUGAGUUUCACGGCCUCUCUAACGUAAUUAACAAGAAUGUAAUUAAUUUGGACUACAACAGGAAUAUUAACUUGGAGUGUACUAUAAGCCUGAACUCUGUAGAAACUUUCCUACCAUCCCAUGGCCAGCUUGUUACUGGAGAGGUCAAGGAAGAAGAACCUCGUGGAGAUCAACCUCACAGUUUUUCCCCAUCAUCUGGCUUGAAGACCAUUCAGAACAUCAAAGUGAGCUGCCAAGAUUUUCUCCUGAUGGGUCUUAGAUACCAGCAUUUGGAUCCUCCUUCACCCAGCAUUGAUUACAUUCCCAUCAGACUGGAUCUUACGGAUCGCAGAAGCAAGACUGUGUACAAGUCUGAGCAUGCUUGGAUUCCUGUUCAGAUCAGAGGAGCUAUAUCUAACCAGGCCCCACAAGCCGCUUUCAUGGCUAUGUUCAUUCUGGAAGCAGACCAGUUCAUCUUGAGCCCAUUGUCAACAGCUAUACUGGAUGCGGAAGAUGGUGAAACACCCAAAUCUCUUCUUGUCUUCAACAUUACCAAGCCACCCCAAGAAGGGUACAUCACUCACCUGCAAGAUCACACAAAGCCUGUCUUGUCCUUCACGUGGAACAGCCUCAAUGAUAUGCUUAUAGCAUACCAGCCUUUAAACAGGAGUCAUACCGAGAGGAGAAAUUAUGAGGUGGAAUUUGAAGUUCAUGAUUUGUACUUUGAGAAGAGUUCACCAAUCACUCUCUAUAUAUCUGUCAGAACAACAGAUACAAAUGCUCCUCGGGUUUCAUGGAAUACAGGUCUUGAUCUCUUGGAAGGACAGUCACGACCAAUAACAUGGAAGCAUUUUCAGAUUGUAGACAAUGAUGAUAUCAGUGGUGUUCGGUUAGUCACUGUUGAUGGUUUACAGCAUGGACAGCUCACUGUAAGAGGAGAAAAGGGAUUCCUCUUCACAGUCUCAGACCUUAAGGCUGGUGUUGUACGUUACCAUCAUGAUGACAGUGAUUCCACGAAGGACUAUAUUGUCUUUAGGAUCUUUGAUAAUCGCCACAGUAGCCGCCACAGGUUUCCUAUCAACAUUCUGCCUAAAGACGACAGUCCUCCAUUCCUGAUUAAUAAUGUGGAGAUAGAGGUUCAUGAAGGACAAGUGAUUCUGAUCCAAGGGUCAAUGCUCCAAGCCUCUGACAUGGACUCCAGUGAUGACUACAUACUCUUUAAUGUCACCAAAUUGCCACAGGCAGGAGAAAUCAUGAAGAAGCCUGGACCAGAUCUUACUGGUUAUCCAGUCACUAAAUUCCUUCAGAAAGAUCUUUUCAAUGGAAUAAUUUACUACCGUCACUUAGGAGGAGAAAUAUUUGAAGAUUCAAUUGAGGUUAUUCUCUGUGAUAGCCAUGAGCCUCCUAAUCUUUCAGAAAUUCAGGUAAUAAGAGUGCACAUAAUUCCUGUGGAUGAUCAGCUUCCCAAAGAAACUUCCGGAGUAAAACGCCAUCUGACUGUCAAGGAAACAGAGAUUGCCUAUUUGACAAAGAAACACCUCAACUUCAUAGACACAGAAGCAGAAGAUAGAGAGCUCAUCUAUACAGUCAUUUCUCCUCCAUUCUUUUCUUCAUUUCAUCACUACACAGAUGCUGGAAAAUUGUUUAUGGUAGACAGCAUUCCAAGGCUGAUCAAGGAUCCUGCUACUCCAUCACUGAGAUCAUUUACUCAGCAUGCCAUAAACCACAUGAAAGUGGCAUAUAUGCCACCUUUACAAGAUAUUGGUCCUGAGCCUCAGUACAUCCAGAUCAGAUUCUCAGUCAGCAAUCAGCACGGUGGAACUCUGUAUGGCAUCUGUUUUAACAUUACUAUUCUUCCUGUGGACAACCAAGCUCCAGAGGUGUUUACAAACAACUUGAAAGUACAAGAAGGAGGGUUCUCCACCAUUACAGAGAGGAACAUUUUGAUUUCUGACGUGGACACCAAACUGGAAAACAUUUACAUCCACCUCCUAAGGCCACCUCUGUAUGGGACUGUUGAAUUAAGCGGAAUUCCCACAAAUGAAGGAGACCAAAUGACCUGUGAAGACUUACGCAUGUCCAGAGUCAGGUAUCAUCACAAUGGAUCAGAGGUUCCUCAAGAUCAUAUCCUCCUUGCAGCUACAGAUGGUGUUAAUUCCUUUGAGUUCAUCCUAUACAUUAAGGUGAUUCCUAUAAAUGAUGAGCCUCCAAUUAUGCAUAACAACCUCAUUCCCAUCAUGCAGUGUCCAGAGGGUCAGACAGUGUCUAUAACUUCAGCGCACCUUUAUGCUACUGAUGCAGACAGUGAAGACAUGCUGCUGGUGUUCAUACUUGCUCGACAUCCUAAAUAUGGGGUUGUGAAGAAGGAUGGAAUUGUGGUUGACCGUUUUUCUCAAGCGGCUGUCAUUUCGGGAACAGUAGCAUAUGAACAUACCAGUGGAGAGAUUGGCUUGGAUCCUUUAUUUGAUAUCCUUACCUUUGUUGUCUCGGAUGAUGAAACGGGUCAAGACAUAAACGCCUGUUGUUAUGAUGGAUCUCCCUUUUCUACUGAACCUCUCCAUAAAUCUUUUCCUGUGUAUGAUAUUAACAUCACAAUAUUUCCAGUGGACAACCAGGCACCAUCCAUAUCCACUGGUGCCAUAUUUAUUGUGGAUGAGGGCUCCAAAGCUACAAUUACAAUUAACCACUUGUAUGCCACAGAUCCUGAUACUGAAGAUGACGACUUGCAGUUUGUUUUAGUAUCUCCUCCUCAGUUUGGGUAUAUAGAAAAUAUAUUACCAUCCCCCGGCUUUGAGAAAAGCAACAUGGGAAUAAGCAUAGCCUCUUUCCACCUGAAAAAUGUGAAGGCCCAGCAUAUCAACUAUGUUCAGAGCAGGCACAAAAGGAUUGAACCAACCACAGACCAAUUCAUGCUUUAUGCCAAUGAUGGAAAACAUCGUUCAAUGACAACACCAUUUUAUGUCUUAAUCAACCCAACCAAUGAUGAAGCCCCAGAAUUCAUAGCAAGGAAUAUUACAGUGAAGGAGGGACAAAUUAAAGAACUGGAUCCAUCUGUAAUAAAUGCUGUUGAUAUGGAUGUACCUCAAGAUGCUCUGGUGUUUACUGUCCUUCAGUCGCCCCAACAUGGGCUCCUAAUUAAUGGGAAGUACAGCAACAAUAUUGUUGGCCACAAACAUAGACACCAGCAUCAUGAACUUCCUGUGGAGGGAUUCUCUAUGGAGUUUUUAAAAAAUGGAAUGCAGCUGAUGUAUAUGCAUGAUGACUCUGAUAGCCUAGCUGAUGGUUUUUCUAUCCAGCUAUCAGAUGGAAAACAUAAAGUAUCAAAAACCAUUUCAGUAGAGGUCAUUCCAGUUAAUGAUGAGAAACCAGUGCUGAGCAAGAAGGGUAAAAUAGAGGUGAACAUGGGGGAAGCCCAAAUUAUUUCUGGUGCUGUUCUGUCAGCGAAAGAUAAAGACACCCCCAGGGAACAAAUUUAUUAUUUAUUUGAAAGAGUCCCAGAAAAUGGACAUCUUCAGCUCAAGGUAGGUCGUGACUGGGUGACACUUGAGAACGGGAUGAAUUGCACCCAGGAGAACAUAGACAUGAAUAUUGUGAGAUACAUACACACUGGUACAAUUGGCUCAAAGGAACAAGAUAGUUUCAUGUUUUGUCUCUGGGAUGGAAACAACCGAUCCCCUCUGGUCAUUUUUCCUAUUACCAUUAAGGAUGUUGGAAAAGGAAACAUUGCAGUUUUCAUGAAACCCCUCACUGUGUUGAAGGGUGACAGAGGCCUAUUGAUGACUGAUGUCCUCCUUGCAGUUGAUGGCACUGAGAAGCCAGAGGAGCUUCUCUAUGUGAUCACUUCCCCUCCGCAGUAUGGGCAGAUUGAGUAUGUCAGCUAUCCUGGAGUUGCCAUUACAAGUUUCAGCCAGAUGGAUGUGGCAGGUCAGGCUGUCUGUUACGUCCACAACAGCAAGGCAGCUUCUCCCAGAGAUAUGUUCCGAUUCAUCAUCAGCAAUGGACUAAGAACUAAACAUGGAGAGUUUGAGAUCAUAUUGGAGACAGUGGACCAAGCCUUACCCACCGUGACCAAGAACAAGGGGUUAAGAUUAUUGGAAGGUGGCAUGGCAUUCCUUUCUCCAGAUGUUCUGCAGCUUUCAGAUCCAGACACAGCUCCACAAAACCUUUCCUUUCUCCUAGCUCAGCUCCCACAAUAUGGUCAGCUCUACAAAAGAGAUUCUGGACUGUGGCAGCAGAGCUUCAGCCAACAAGAUGUGGACACUCUGAAUGUUGUUUAUAGGCAUGGAGGCGGGGAUUCUCAGAUUGACAAAUUUACCUUUGUUGCGACAGAUGGAGUGAAUCAAGGCUUCAUUGUAAAUAGCAAGGUUCAAGUAGAACCCUUGGCAUUCAUCAUUCAGGUGGAGAGCCCAGCAAAACCAGCGCCAAAAAUUGUCCACCUUCGUUGUGCUUCAGAUGUGGAACUGCUGAAAAAUGGCAACUAUGGUAUUUAUAUUACUGUCCGGUCACUGAAAGCCACAGAUUGUGACACAGAUGAUGGCCAAAUCAUAUUUAGGAUUUUGCGAGGACCUCAGUAUGGCUACUUACAAAAUAUAACAACAGGUGGAUUUAUUCAAGAACAAUUCAGCCAGAAGGAUUUAAAUAGCAAGACCAUACUGUAUGUUAUUGACCCUUAUGAGGAAAGGAAUUCAGAUAGCCUGGAGAUUCAAGUUACUGAUCCUGAAGGAAACUCUGCUGACCCUGAGAGACUGGAACUGAAAUGGUCCAAAAUUGAAAUGCAACAGGAUACUUAUGAGGUCUGUGAAAAUGUGGGGAUGCUGCCUUUGAAAAUCAGCCGAUCAGGGCACACUGCUGAUUCAGCUUUUGUGGCAGUUAAGGUGAAUGAAAUGACUGCUUUGUCAGGAAAGGAUUUUACAGUCCCUUCUUCCCAACUUAUUCAGUUUGAUCCAGGAAUGUCAACCAAGAUGUGGAAUAUAGCAAUUACCUGUGAUGGAUUAGAGGAAGAUGAGGAGGUCUUUGAAGUGGCUCUGAUCUCCCCUGUGAAUGCUGUUCUUGGCACCAGGACAAAAGCUGUAGUGAAAAUUUUGGACUCAAAAGGAGGUCAGUGCAGUUCAUUCCAUUCCUCCAGCCAAAACAGUCGCGACUUAUGGAUGAAAGGAACAUUGCUUCCAGGCUCCUCUUCAUCUUCCAGGCAUGCCACUGCUCACUUGGAAGGAAUCCCGCUGCCCCCAUCUAAAGAGACAGUAGGACAGAGAAGGGAUGAGCUACCGCAGUUCGACUCAGUCAGUCUUGCAAGGAGCAGGCUCAGGGCCAUUGGAAAUGGCAAAAGAGUCCAUCCUUCUUCCAUCUUCAGAAAUGGCAAUGAUACAUUUCUUCAAUACCAUGGGAUGGCUGUGCUAAAAGUGGAGGAUGACAAGCCUUUGCGUAACAAGAAUGAGAUGGCAACAAUGUCAGGAAUUAAUCAAAGAAAAGUGAAGAAAAGUGUGGUUUCUCUCAAGAAAACACAAGUUCCACAAGCAGAUUCCAGCAUUCUGGUUCAGAGUUUUUCCUUUCCAAAUAGAUGUACACCAGAUUUGAAAGGUCUCUUGCAUUUUGAAGAAAACACCAGGAAGAUGUAUCAGUGUGAUGGUAUUUCUUGGGCCAUAUGGAAUAAUACAAACAAGGGUUCUAUCUUAAAAACCUGUCCUCAUGGAUGGAGUCACCAUGAUGGAAACUGCUAUGUUCUGAUCACUGAUCCAAAAUCCAUAUGGACUGUAGCUGCCCGAAACUGCAGGAGACAGUACCAUGGCAGUUUAGUCAGCGUGACAACUACAACACAGAUGCAAUGGCUGUGGGACCUCAGUGGAAGGAAGCCUUUUUGGAUAGGCUUGAGUGACCACAGAAAUCCAGGUCAAUUGGCAUGGAAUGAUGGAAAACAGAUUACUUACACAAACUGGAGAAAUGGCCCACCUCGUCUUUCAAAAAAAGGCAAGAACUGCUUUUUAGCACAACAACAGGGAAAAUGGCAAAGAAAGGACUGCAGGAAGAGCAAAGGCUAUAGCUAUAUAUGCUCUAGGAAACUGUAAAGAAAAAAAUGCAUGUCUAGUCUUAUUUGCAUAUAAUAAAAUAUAUUUAUUUGCAGCUGGAGGGACUGGAAGGACUCAAAACUGGAGAGCAGCAUGACUUAUUUGUAAUGAACUUUAUAGAGCUGGAGUGAUCCAAUGUGAAAAAGUCUGCUCCGUUGGAGUUUUUUAAAGCAGAGGCUGGAUGGCAAUCUGUCGGGGGUGCUUUGACUGUGUAUUCCUUCAUGGCAGGGGUUGCGCUUGAUAGCCCUUGAGGUCUCUUCCAACUCUAUAAAUCUAUUAUGAUAGAGGAAAUGUUUACACUGCCCACUCUUCCUCUCCUUUUGCCAUUGUUUAUGGUAUGUUGGAUAUGGGUAAAAAAUGAACUUUUGUUUGUUCCCAAGUUUCUCUCUAUCAUGCUUCAUUCAAGAGGUGCAAAUAGCUAGACAGAGAAGUGGAGAAGAAGGGUGGGUGUAAACAAUAUGCCACAUAUCCUAUCUACUCCAUCAUUCCAGGAGAGAACUCUCCAUUACUCACAACACAAAAGAUCCUUAAUUUUGAAAGGGAAACUGAAGAACCUCCUGAUUUUCAAAAGAUGUAUAAUGUCUAUGGAUAUUUCCAAAUUUGAGGUUAAAAGGGGUCAGAAUUAAGCCCUUCCUCCAUAUGUAAUGACACACAGAAGUGGAAGACAGGAGCAGAAAAAACUGUGCUUCAUUAUAUGUCUGAUCUGGUCACCAUUCUCUACUAAUUUCAGUGUUACAGAAUCCUAGCAAAACUGUAUAAAAUAUUGACUACUUUUUAUUGACAUACUGAUAUACCUAAGCCAGAGUUGAAGGAGAUGUCUCUUUCCAGUUGUUGUUAGUUUCCCACUAGCCUUAGCUAGCAUAGGGAUGGUAGGAGUUGUAAAGUUCAAAGCUUGGAAUGGUUACCUUUUCAGAUGAUAAUUCUCAGUGGAAGAGAGUGUUGUGGGAGUUAUAAACAAAAAAAAAGUUACAUUUUUGCCUCAGCACUUCUUCACUUUCUCUUUCUAUUAAUAACAUAAGGUUUGUUAGAAUUUUAGUUUGGGCAAGGAAAAACCUGAUUCCCACAAUGUACAUAUUAUAUUUUCCUUCUCAUACAAUGGAUACACAGUGUGGACAGCAGUACAGUUAAAUCUACACCAAACAACAUUACUAUCUGGAAGGUAGCCAAAAUUGAUUGAGUACCCACAGUCAUUCCAAAGUACAGCUUAUAUAUUCAUUCUAUAUAGACACGCAUUGCAAUCUUAUGGUCAUCUGUACCAUUUUAUUAAGAUGUAUGGCAAUUUUAUCACACAUCAAGUAUCAAUCUGUUGUCCAAGGUACAGAAGGAACAAAAGUAUCUGUUUGGGUUCAUUAAGAAGACAUGGAGAUGUGUAACUGUUCUGAUGACCUUAAAAAAAUAGGACCGAUAACAUCACAACACUUAACAUACCAGUUCUUCUUAAUACAGAGUUAGGUGCCCUCUAGAUGUUUUGAACAACAAUUGCCUUUAGCUCCAGUCAGCAUGCCCAAUACUCUCUGAUUAUGGGAUUUAAGAGUUUGAAGCAUCAAGUGAUUUAUGCUUGGUCUACUAUGUAAGUUUCAAAAGGACAACAAAUGGCCCACAAAUUGGAAUAAUAAUGUGAUUUUGCAGAAGAACCCAUUUUUUUCCUCUGAUAAUUGUUAAAUAUGUGGUUGAGAGUUUUAUAAAUAAUUAUCAGUUAUAUACAUAAUUCUUUGUCCUCUUAAAGUAUUUAAAAUAAGAGGAUUUUGGUGUUGUUGUUUUUUUAAAAUUGUAUAUUAUUUUCUGAAAUGUACUGAAAACUAUAUUUCUAUGAAUGCUGUGGUAUGGUUUUCUUUAAAUUUAAGUGACAAUCUACUUUUGUACCCUCCAUAGCAUGCUACUUGUGCUGUUAUACCUAAAUACCUAAUAAAAAUACUAUCACAAAUG